AUGGCAACAGCUGAGAAAAGCGCGUCGGCUUUGCGGGCUUUCCGCCGGAUAGUGCAAGAGCUUAGGAUGACCGACAAAUCGUUUGGGCGCCAAUCUCCGCAAUAUCAAUACCUCAUGGAUCAAAUGCGAGGACAUCAGGUCACUCAACGGUUAUUUUCCAAAGCCCCCACCGAAAUGGAACAUGUCGCUCAUCUUUAUGCUUCCUACUUGAGCAGUACACGAAGACUACUCGCAUUACAAGAACAAUACAAAGGAGGAGAAAGAUCGAUAGAAGAAAGCGCGAACCUCGUCGGAUUGGCUCUACCGAAACGACAU